AUGCCGAGAUCAGAAUGGUACAAGACAUCUCGUUGGCUUGGGUCUGGCUCUACUUGUGCGAAUGUCAUUCCUCUUGCAGACUGCAUCGUCAAAUAUUCCCCUGAAUAUAUGAAGGCUGGUAUGGCAGCUGCAAAUGUCGUCUUGGGUCUGACACCAGCCAUAUUGAGCUCUCUCGGAUCAGGUGUCGAGGAGACUUCCACACUGUUCAUCUGUGGGAGACGUCCAUUUCUUGCCCUCUGUCUAUGCCUAGGUUCUCCUGGCAUACCACCAUUGCGUCUGUUUGAGCAUCGUCAGCUGUCUCAACCGCUGGAGAGACGCCAGGGACGUCUCAGACUCCAACUUUAUUCUUUCGGUACAGAAACACUCAUCUUAAUCGCCGAGUAUGUGUUAGUUUUUGUCAGCAUCGCAAACGUUGCUCAGCUGGGUCACGAGAUGGGUUCCAGAGUUGUAUUGGUUUUCGCGCCACAUCUAUCCUACCUCAUUCUACUCUGGUUCUUUAUCGGCUCUUCAGCGCAUAUCUUUGCAGCCAUAUCACUUAGUCUACGUGUGCGGAUUGAGCAUGAAGUGUACGAUGAAGACGGCGAUGCAUUUGCAUGGAUAAAAUCGUGGAUAGUCCCAUGGCAGAGGAGAGGAACUACAAAAAUAUUCUUCUUGCCAGAGACACUCUUCUACAGCUUUUUCGUGGGCUUCGUCUCGUUACUUAUCGCCGCACACAUCAUAUUCGGCACGCUCGUCUUUUCAAGUGUCCUAUUCAUCUCGGUUAGAGACUGCAUGCCUCUUAUAGGACGGCUCAUGGCUUCAGUCAUUGUUUGCAGGGUCGUUCUGAUGUACGAGAUUGCCAAGAUUCGUCAUCUCUGCUGGGCAGAGGAUCCGCCGCAUUUGACGUAUGAGAAUCCUGAGGACAAGGUGGAUGAUGUGGGAGAACAGGGCUAUAUGACUGCUGAGCGUCAAAGUGACGGGCUCACAUUGAUUCCCAAGUUUCGUCGGCUGACGACGUUUACUGCCAGGGAGCUGUGA